AUGGCAGAGUCAGAUACUGAAAGGCUUGUCUCCCCUGAGUAUAGCCAGGGCUACUCGGCGGAUGUGGACACCAUCCGAGAGCAAGAGUAUUCUCUACUCAAUGAAACCACCUAUCUUGAUCAUGCGGGGACAACCCCUUAUGCCAAAUCUAUGAUCGAAGCCUUCUCUCGUGAUCUUUCAUCAAAUCUCUUUGGAAAUCCUCACUCGAUGUCUAUAUCAUCCCAGAUAUCCACACAGAGGACAGAUGAUAUCCGACUCCGAGUAUUGCGAUUCUUCAAUGCAGACCCAGACGAGUUCGAUCUUGUCUUUGUAGCAAAUGCAACCGCUGGUAUAAAGCUGGUUGCAGAUUCGCUACGGGACUCGGACCAUCGAGGCUUUUGGUAUGGUUAUCAUAUCGAUGCCCAUACUAGUCUCGUUGGAGUACGAGAACUAGCUGAGAUGGGAUACCAGUGCUUCCAAAGUGACGAUGAGAUGGAGACUGGUAUCUCGGAGCUGGCUGCCAGGCAAUCGAAAGCUCCUAGACUUAUCGCAUAUCCUGCACAGUCCAAUAUGAACGGACGACGUCUACCGAUUCGCUGGUGUGAGCAGAUCAGAUCCGCGGCCAACGAAAGUGGAGGCAAUAUAUUCACACUGCUUGAUGCUGCUUCGCUCGUAUCAACUGCUCAACUUCAUCUGGGUCCGGCAUCAUCUGCGCCUGACUUUACUGCGCUUAGCUUUUACAAAAUCUUUGGAUUCCCUGAUCUGGGCGCUUUGAUCGUUCGCAAAAGCGCCGCGAGGGCAUUCGAACGACGGCGAUAUUUUGGCGGAGGCACAGUUGACAUGGUCCUAGCAACCGGGGCACAAUGGCAUGCAAAGAAGGAGACUUCAAUCCAUGAGAGGCUAGAAGAUGGUACUCUUCCCUUCCACAGCAUUAUUGCCCUUGAUGCGGCUAUGGAUACACAUACACGUCUGUAUGGCUCAAUGUCCAAUGUUUCAGCACACACUCGGUUCCUCGCAAAGCAGGCCUAUGAUCGGCUUUCUUUAUUGACACAUUUCAAUGAUACGCCUGUCUGCCAAUUAUAUCAAGGAAGCUCGACCUUCGGAAGUGCAGAUACCCAAGGCCCGAUUAUCGCGUUCAAUCUGCGUAAUAGUCGGGGUGACUUUGUGCCCAAGACAGAAGUCGAGAAAUUGGCUACUGUUCAAAACCUUCAAUUGCGUUCUGGGUCGGUGUGCAAUCCUGGCGGAACUGCCUCUUCUCUUGGCUGGACUGGUCCUGAGCUUCGCCGGCACUACUCGACUGGAUUGCGCUGUGGAGACAGUCAUGAUGUUAUUGGAGGUCGACCAACAGGUAUUUUGCGUGUUAGUCUUGGUGCGAUGUCAAACAUGAAAGACGUCAAUUACUUGAUCAACUUUGUCGAGGAAUUCUACGUCGAAAAAAUUCCCCCUAUUGUUGCUCUGGACCCUCCUAUGGGCGAAAUUGAAUUUGUGGCUCCUCAUUUCUAUGUCGAGAGCCUCUCAGUUUUCCCAAUCAAGAGUUGUGGUGCUUUCAAGAUACCCGAGGGAAAGCGCUGGGAUGUAAAAAGAGAAGGAUUGGCCUGGGAUAGAGAGUGGUGCCUCGUUCAUCAAGGGACUGGAGCGGCGUUGAAUCAGAAGAGGUAUCCCAGAAUGUGCCUUAUACGACCCUCGAUCGACAUCGACAAAGGCGUUCUUCGUAUCACUUGUGGCGCGAUAGCCGCAUCCGAUCAAGUCAGUCUCGAGAUCUCACUUGGCUGGGAAGACACCAGCGUGAUAUCGACCUCAUUUUGCGCAAGUUCGAAUAAAAAGUCUGCGAAAGUUUGCGGUGACACCGUUUCCCUUCAUGCAUACACGUCGCCCGUGGUCUCAGCCUUUUUCUCGGAUUUCCUAGGCGUGCCUUGCACCCUUGCGAGAUUCCCAUCACAGACUGGAAACCGGUAUUCAAGGCCAACACGCACACCCAGCACAUGGAAAAGCCGUUUCCGCAAACUCAUCAUGCCCGGCUCUUUCCCACUUGAUCUUCCGCCACCACCCCGCGAGCAAGGUCUAACUUCAAUUACAUUAUCGAAUGAAUCACCGAUUCUCAUUAUCUCGCGCUCAUCUGUCAACCGUCUCAAUGAGACAAUCAAAGCUAACACCAAGCACGGGGGUAGCAAGACAGUUGCCGCAGAUGUCUUCCGCGGUAACAUUGUCGUCGCUGAACGACUCGCCCAACGUGGUGACAUAGAACAGCCCUACGCAGAGGAUCGAUGGUCAUCCCUUCGAAUCGGACCUAGUCAACUUCGCUUUGACGCACUGGAUGCGUGCCAGCGUUGCCAGAUGGUCUGCAUUGACCAGUUUACUGGCGUCAGAAGAGAUGAGCCUUUCUCUACUCUUUCGAAAAUUCGAAAUUUUGAUGGGAAGGUUUCCUUUGGUAGGUAUUCUACUCUCUCUCCCGAAGAGGGGGAGGGCUUUGACUCUGAGACCCCGGAUCGCAGGACGAUCAUGGUUGGGGAUGUCGUUAUGCCCCUAUACCAGGAGUAUUGA